AGCUGUUUCAGGGGCCCAGUCGUUGUUCGACCGGAGGAAACACGGACGAGGGCCGAGAACUGGGCUCGCCAGGUGAGGCGCCAUGUCGCGGCACUCGAAGCAUUCCAAUGAUCGGAUGUUCUUCACCGCCAAAGAGCGUGCCGAUGCGGGCUAUUCCAAGACCCGCAAGGAAGUCAUGGGCACGGAUUGCUUCCUUCCCUUUGGCUUCUGCGGCCUUUCCCUCAAAGCUCCCAAGGAUCCCGUUGCUACGCCGGAUGGGAACAUCUUUGACAGGGAAGCCAUCUUGGAAUGUUUGCUGCAACAAAAGCUGGAAAUCCAGGCGCAGCAAAAGAAAUUUGACGAACAGGAGCGAAAGAAGGAGCAAAGACUAAAAGCUUUGGACCAGGAGGAUGAACUCCGACAACUGGAGGAGUUCACACGCGCGGAGCAAGGUCUGCUGUCACAGGACCUGAGACAUAAGAGAGCGCUAGAGCAAGCGGAAAGCAAAGGUUCGGAUGGCGGGCCCGAAAAGAAGCUCAGAAAAGGUGAGCUGCUGAAAGUGGACAAAAGCGAGUUGAGAGCGAAAAGUUUCUGGACCAAGGAGUUCACUCCAACCGCAGCCCCAACGGAGAUCAAGAAGGUUGACACCAGCACCAGAUGUCCUGUGACCGGCAAGAAAUUGAAGGUCAAGGACCUCAUCUCGGUGAAGAUGGAUGUGGCGGAUCAGAAACUCCUGGAUCAGGGGGGUGGCAAAGGCGUGUUCUGCUGUGCCGUCUCCAAGAACCCCAUUGUUUUCCAGCAGGCGCUGCUGUUGAAACCCAGCGGCGUGGUGAUCUUAGAAAGUGUCUGGAAAGACAUCGUGAGCAAAGAGAUGAAGUGCCCAGUGACUGGAAAGAAGCUGAAAGGUGAGGAGGACAUCCUGAAGCUCACGACUGGUGGAUCAGGAUUUAGCGCCCACAACGAUGUGGAAGCGAAGUCCUUCUCCAUGAUCCGCAGCUUCACGGGCGACAACCGCACGCAGCAAGGGCAUCUGCCCAGAGCUGGCUUUGCUGGAUUACACUAGAUGUGGAGGCUCCACUGCUGCGUGCCCACGGGCCGUGGCCGCAAAUGAACCGCUGGGUAGUGAUACCCAGCAGCUCUUUUUGGCUGCAGUGCCAAAA